UCCGCAGGGCUUUUUUCCUGUAUGUUGUGUAUGUUUUCUAUAUUUAUUUAUUUUUAUUUUUUACAAGGCCGUUAAUGUGUGUGGGUUUGUGUGUCCGUGUAUGUCUUAGUGAAUGGUUUGUACCGGUGAGUGUUUCUCCUGGAAUACCACUAUUUCACCGUCAUGAAUAUUUACCAGGUGGGGUUCACGUGACUAAGUGUUGCAGGGAAUCCUCGGCUGGGGACAUGUUUGAUUCUUACCCCUGGGAGAAUAUACUCCGGGACAGUAUGCGAGAGCUGGAAGCGAAGAGAGAAACCACCACGGAGCUGCAGUUUCAACAAAGUGGGGAUUUUAAUUAGGAGUGGGUCAUAAUAUCAUUUUGGUGGUGAGCAGCAUCCCCGAAGACUCCGCCUGACUGCCGAGCCGCCGGAGAGACCCGCAACCGAGAGCAGUCUAGAUCCCGGACUCGUCUCUCCUCGCCGGACCGCGAGAGCAGACGCCACCCUCCGCACCCGCUCCUCCUGUCCGACCUCUCGCUGAAGACGACGACAACAAUGUGACCACUGGGCUCGGUCAGCUCCGUGUGACCUGCUGUUAUGGAUCUGAGAAUCAGCAUACACUGAACCGACACUCAUCCAGUCACAAUGGUCCCACUUUUGUUCUUGGUGGCAACCACAACAACUUCCAAUUCCACCGGCAAUGGCAACCAUACCCAGGAAGGCGUCACAACCUCCAGCCAUCACAUCCUCCCCACUGUGUUGGUCUUCUCCCUGCUGCUGGUCAUCAUCGCAUUGCUAGCCUGGUACUUCCUCAGGUUAAAAAACCAGAAGAAACCAGUUGUCACAACAGUUGACAAGAAGGUACCAAAUGGCAUCCUGGAGGAACAAGAGCAACAGACGGUGGUCCUCCUGCCCAGGUCGCCUUCCGCUGCCAAGACCUUCUUCCCCAUCGCAGUGGACCGCCUCGAAGAGGAGUACAGGCUCCGCUCCGCCGACGACGGCAAGCUCUUCAGGGAGGAGUACAACUCUUUGCCAGGAGGCAGUGCCCACGGAACGUACGAGGAGGCCAACAAGGACGAGAACAAGGACAAGAACCGAUACCCCAACAUCCUCCCUUACGAUCAUUCCAGAGUGGCGCUGACUCAGCUGGACGCAAAUCCCCGUUCAGACUACGUGAACGCCUCUUACAUUGACGGUUACACGGAAAAGAAGAAAUUCAUUGCAGCCCAAGGUCCUAAAGAAGACACUCUGGCAGAAUUCUGGAGAAUGAUUUGGGAGCAGAAAGUAGCAACUGUUGUCAUGCUGACAAAUCUGAAAGAAAGGAAAGAAGACAAGUGCUGUCAGUACUGGCCAGAUCAGGGCUGUUGGACAUACGGGAACGUGAGGGUGGCAGUGGAAGACUUCACCGUCCUUGUCGAUUACACCAUACGCAAGUUCUGCGUACAAUACCAAGCCAGCGAUGCCGCUAAGACUCCCCGGCUGGUGACCCAGCUCCACUUUACCAGCUGGCCUGACUUUGGAGUUCCCUUCUCCCCCAUCGGCAUGCUCAAGUUCCUCAAAAAGGUCAAGGCUGUGAAUCCGCCCUGCGCCGGGCCUAUCGUGGUUCACUGCAGCGCCGGCGUCGGGAGGACGGGAACCUUCAUCGUCAUAGACGGCACGAUCGACAUGAUGCACGCCGAGCAGAAGGUGGACGUGUUUGGGUUCGUCUCCAAGAUACGGGAACAGCGUUCGCAGCUCAUCCAGACGGACACGCAGUACUCGUUCAUCUACCAGGCCCUGCUCGAAUACUACCUCUACGGAGACACGGAGCUGGACGUGUCUUCUCUGGAAGGACAUCUGCACAAACUCCACAACACCUUUGCCGACGGUGACCGGGUCGGCCUAGAGGAAGAGUUUAAGAAACUCACCAACAUGCGCAUCAUGAAGGAGAACAUGAGGACGGGGAACCUCCCUGCUAACAUGAAGAAGAACAGAGUCCUGCAAAUCAUUCCGUACGACUUCAACAGAGUCAUCCUCUCCAUGAGAAGAGGCCAGGAGUACACAGACUACAUCAACGCGUCCUUCAUAGACGGUUACAGGCAGAAGGACUACUACGUCGCCACGCAGGGCCCUCUGCCGCACACCGUCGAGGACUUCUGGAGGAUGGUGUGGGAGUGGAAGUGUCACUCCGUCGUCAUGCUCACCGAGCUCCAGGAGAGGGAGCAGGACAAGUGCUGCCAGUACUGGCCCGCGGAAGACUCCGUCACCUAUGGAGAUUACGCUGUGGAGCUGAAGGGAGACACCUUGUGCGACGCCUUCAGUCUACGAGACUUGGUACUCACCUACGUCCCCGACAAGCGGACGAGGGUCAUCAGACACUUCCACUUCCACGGCUGGCCGGAGAUCGGCAUCCCGGCCGAGGGGAAGGGCAUGAUCGACAUCAUCGCCUCGGUUCAGAGACAGCAGCAGCAGUCUGGGAAUCAUCCCAUCGUCGUACACUGCAGCGCCGGUGCGGGGCGCACGGGUACGUUCGUUGCACUGAGCAAUAUCUUGGAGCGAGUCAAGGCAGAAGGUCUGUUGGACGUGUUCCAAACUGUCAAGAGUUUACGCAUGCAGAGGCCUCAUAUGGUCCAGACGGUGGAACAAUACGACUUCUGCUACAGGGUGGUACAAGACUUUGUUGACAUUUUCUCAGACUAUGCCAAUUUCAAAUGACGACUUUUGCCUUAGACGCAGUUUUUUUUCUUCUUUCCUAAAGCUGGUUUGUGUUUCUUGCUCAAAUGAUCUUCUAUUUUGCUAUGCACUUGGCCCGCAAUUAACUCCAAUUCCUCCAUCCUCGCUGUAAUAUAGUUGUAUGUCUGUAAAUGUAAAAAAAGAUUGGAUUGAUUAAUAAUGUAUAUUUCACAUCGUGUAAAUUAAUUAUUUUGUCAUUACGUGUUUUAAACAUGCUCUUACUUCAGUUUUGUUGGAUAAUAUAUUUUACUUAAAGAAUUGUACUUACUGUAAAUGUAUUUAUGUAUUGACAAUGACAUUCCAGUCUUUCACGUUUGGAGAGUACAACGGGACUGUUAACGGUUGACUUUGUUUGAUUUUUCUCGACGACGUCGGCCAAUUUCCAUUGGCCUCGAGCUACGCGUGCCCGUCGCGAGGACGUGAUGCUUUUCCAGGGGAAAUGUUGUCAGAAAAAACAAUGAAACACCUCAGCCGUCGUGCAGGAAACAAAGCUACGCACCGCAGGCCGAGACGACAACAUUGCGGUCGGUUGUGAUAUGCGGCCACAUUUAACAUGGAUGUAAAGUUCCAACGGUCUGCCUUUUUUCUCUGUGGACGACAAAGUAUUUUGCUAAAACGACUGCACGACACAAAGCACACAACUAAGCCUUUUUGCCAAGAACAUGCAAUAUGUAUUGCUUUAUUUAUAUUAGAUAUAAGAGAUAUUUCACAAAUCGUUGCCAAUAACGCAUACGCAGACAAUUCUAGCGGGAGGUAAGUGGUCCUUAAAUGCAAAACACUCAGUCAAAAGUCAGGACAUCAGACUUCUGAUAGCAGGAACUCCACCCCAUACUAACGGUGUUUGUUUGAAUGUCACACACAAGUCCCAUUUCAUCUGGUACUUGGACACUAAACCACACAUUUGGAAUAUUCUGACCCAGCUCCGCUUUAAUCCUCUGUGAAAUGUGUCAUUUCGUUAAUGCCGUAUGUGAAUACUACAUGACAGAUAUGCCAACAUUGUUCUGCGGCAAUCUGUCUGUGGGAGAUGUGCCGUGGAGCAAAAGAAGAAGAAAACUUACUUCAAACAACCCAAGUCUUCUUCCCUUGAGCUUCUCUUCCGUCCUCUGAGAGUAUAAAAGAGGGUCUGUCGCGACUACGGCUCUUUGCUCUUUCUCUGUGGGUGUCCCGUCUCCUUUUUGGAUUGGCAAUGUCUUUGAAAUGCAAGUUGCAAUAUUAAAUUCAUCUAAACGUUC